AUGUCAGCCAGAAAGGGCUAUCGGCUCCCUUCGCCAAAUUAUUCCACAACAAUGUCAUGCUCAGAGAACCCGGCUGCAAACUCUUUUUUGGUAGACUCCUUGAUCAGCUCAGGCAGAGGGGAAGGAGGAGGAGGAGGCGGAGGAGGAGGAGGCGGCGGCUACUAUCCCAACAGUAGUGUCUUUUUGCCACAGGCGGCCGAUUUGUCCUAUGGGUUGCAAAGCUGCGGACUUUUCCCAGUUUUGAGCAAACGCAAUGAAGGUGCUGCUCAAAACAUGGUCCCCACUUCUCAUGCUUACAUGUCAGGGAUGGAGGUCUGGUUAGAACCCCCAAGAUCCUGUCGCCUGGAAGAGCCUGAAACCCAGCAGGCUACCUCCUGCUCUUUCGCUCAAAACAUUAAAGAGGAGAACUCCUACUGCCUCUAUGAUUCAGACAAAUGUCCUAAAGGUGCAGCUGCCACAGACCUAUCUACUUUUCCAAGGCUAAACGCUGAGGUCUGUCCCAUGAACAACGCUAGUGGGGUGCCUGUCCCAGGCUACUUCCGCUUGUCUCAAGCUUAUGGCACUUCCAAGAGCUACAAUGCUGGGCAAGUUGUUGCUUCCCAGUUCACACCGCAGCCCCAAGUUCGUUUUGAUGCGGCUCCAUCUUUGCCUUCCGUCCCAACAGAAGCGGGGAGGACAGAGACCGAGGAGGCUUCCCCCAACACCUUGGCUUGCGUCUCCCAAAGGGAGGAAGACGCUCAGGCUUCGUCUUCGACCGCAGAAGAACUCUCCCCAGCUCCGUCAGAAAGCAGCAAACACUCUCCUGAGAAAGAACCCAUAGGCAAUUCAAAAGGAGAAAAUGCAGCAAACUGGCUAACCGCAAAAAGUGGCAGAAAGAAACGAUGCCCCUAUACCAAGCACCAAACUCUCGAGCUGGAAAAGGAGUUUCUAUUCAAUAUGUACCUGACUCGUGAGCGUCGCCUAGAGAUCAGCCGCACAGUCCACCUAACAGACAGACAAGUUAAAAUCUGGUUUCAGAACCGCAGAAUGAAACUGAAGAAAAUGAACAGAGAGAAUAGAAUUCGGGAGCUCACAGCCAACUUUAAUUUUUCUUGA